AUGAAUAAUAAGAUAGAUUGGUUUAUUGGCACUUUUCUUGGCGUAUUACAUUCGUUUCUCGUGAAUUAUGUGUACAAAGUGGUACCGGAACCGUAUAUGGAUGAAAUUUUUCACAUAGAUCAAGCACGACGUUUUUGUGCAUCAAAUUUUACAUGGAAUCCAAAAAUCACAACACCACCAGCUUUAUAUGUACUUUCGCUACCAUUUUUUUGCGGUUAUGAAAGAUAUACGAAUUCUGCUUUGAUUCCGUUUGCUUUUGUUGGUUGUAUGCAAUUCCGUCAACUUUUCCAGAAGCCUUUUAUAUCCAAGUUAAAUUUUCGUUAUCUGGAAUUUACACUAAGUUCUCUAAUUGUCUUACUGCUUCCUGUACUCUUUCAGUCUUCAUUGCUGUAUUAUACGGAUUUAUUAUCAUUAACCACACUGCUAUGGGCUUCUUCUCUUCAACCAAGUAUAUUCUCUUCUUUUAUUUUUGCUAUUUCUAUAUGCACCAGGCAAACAAACAUUAUUUGGGCAGCUAUCUAUGGCUUAACUCAUUUGUUUAUUUUAUUUAAAAAGCUAAAUAAGGGUACUUCAUCAAUAAUGAUACUGAUUAGAAGCUUAUUGCAUCUUUGGUCAUUAAUACUGCUACCCGUUGGUUUUAUCAUAUUUUUCAUGUUGAAUGGUAAUAGUGUAGUGCUCGGUGAUCGUUUAGCCCAUCAACCAGUGGCCCAUUUCAUGCAAAUUUGUUAUUUUUUGAUUUUCCUAUGUUUCAGUUCAGCACCUUUAUUGGCACUUUCUCCUAAAACUUAUCGAUGUCUUGGGUAUAUCAUCCGUAAGCCUAUUAAAUUAUUAUUUUCUUGUUUACUUUUUACUUGUUGCGUUUAUUUCUUCACAUUGCAACAUCCAUAUCUCUUAGCUGACAACCGCCACUUUACUUUUUAUAUCUGGAGACGGUGGUUUUUACAUCAUCCAUAUUGUAAAUACAUUACAAUAAUUCUUUAUAUCAUAGCACUUCAGUUAUUUAGCCAAAUGAUGGAGCAUAUUCCGAGAGCUCUUACUUUACUAUAUAUUUUGGGAACAGCGGCAGUAUUAGUACCAGCACAUCUGCUGGAACCAAGGUAUUUUAUCAUACCUUACAUUUUCUGGCGUCUUAGCUAUCCAGAACGACGUUUUCUAGUAAUUAUUCUAGAAUUAAUCUACGAGAUUAUUAUAAACGCUAUUGUUUUGUAUAUAUUCUUGUAUAUGCCAUUCGAAUGGUUACAUGAACCAGGUGUUAAACAGAGAUUCAUGUGGUAA